CAUGGUAGUGGAGGAGGUCCUGGUUCCCAGGUUGGUCAAACUGACAGACCCAAUGGAGCAGAUCAUGCUGGGGUUCGCUGAAAUUGGAUUCCCUCAGUGUGUUGGCGCUGUCGAUGGCUGCCACAUCCCCAUUCAGAAUCCAGCUGACUCGAAUGGGGAAUACAUUAACAGAAAAAAGUUCGCAUCAAUCGUCCUCAUGGCCAUCUGCGACCACAGAGGACGUUUCUAUGCUGCAGAGGCUGGAGAAUCUGGAAAAAGCCAUGACGCCUACAUCUUCAACGGGUGCCACUUCACCCACGCCAUUGAUCGUGGGGCCUUCUUUCCAGCAACUCCAUCUCUGGUUGUGGAUGGGGUAGCUGUCCCCCCCUUGGUCCUUGGUGAUGGGGCCUUUCCCAUGCGUAAGUGGCUGGUGACGUCGUACAAGCCAGUCCACAAUGCAAGAGAAAGGCAGUUUAAUCGAAGGUUGUCACGGGCGAGAUGCACAAUAGAGCGUGCCUUUGGCCGACUGAAGGCACGGUGGAGGUGCCUCCUUUCCCCAUUACAAAUAAAACUGGACAGUGUGUCUACACUUGUUGGGGCCUGCGUUGUGCUCCACAACAUUUGUGAGACCCGUGGGCACAGAGCACCAGAACUUGAGGAGAGGCCUCCUCCACUCCUCACAGAAAUGGAAUGCCAGCAGGACAUUGUAGUUGGACACGAGGGGGGAAGGGGGUAUGACCCCAGAGCUGACAGCAACCUGGAAGAGGGGAAAGAGGUCAGGGAUGCUCUGGCAAGGUACAUGUGCGGCUAGGAGCA